AUUAACGUGGUGUGUGUGUGUGUGGGGGGGCUGUUCCUCAAUUCUCAGUUUGUGUCAGGCUGGAUGUAUAUAUGGGUUUGCUCCUGCAAGAUUAGGUCAUAAAUCAUGUUGCUGUUCUGGACAACCCUUGCAAAGUAAAAUGACCAGCCUCCUUCUUAUGCACAAAUGAAGAAAGGCAGAGUCGGAAGAAAAGAGACCUGAACUUCGUGGGUACCGCGAAGGGGAGAAUGGGCCUGAAGAUACUCUAUCACAGCCCUAAAUCUCCCGUACGCAAAACUUUUCAAGAGCGUUCUCACCAUAGAAAUGUAUAAGGGUAGAGUGUCGCCACUCAUCCUGUAGAAAACCUUGGUGGCUGCCAUAACGGUUAGCGAGCUGUACAGGAAGUUCCGGCUGCGCGUCACGGCUGCCGCUUUUAGUCGACGGGCUCGCUUAGGGUCCGUUUCUCUCGUGUGCAAGUGACUUAUUCCCUGCGCUUGGUGCUCCUAGUUCCAGCUUUUCUGUUGGCCCUUUCGGAGGCCAUUGUGAAUAUUCCGCUAUGCGGUCGCUGGGAGGGUUGUCGUUGGUCCUGGGAACGGCCACGGCGGGUCUUUAUUUGCUCUCGGUGCGGCUUCCCGGAGAACCACGCGCGGGAAGCGGGUCAUUAAAGUUCCCUUCAAACCUAGAAGAACUGCAAGAGCUUGCACAAUUUCUACAAUACUACAAUAGAGAACACCAUACAUAUGUGUUGCUGCUCUUCUGCAGUGCCUACCUAUACAAGCAAUGCUUUGCUAUACCUGGCUCCAGCUUUCUGAACAUCCUUGCCGGGGCUCUCUUUGGACCAUGGAUGGGACUCCUGUUAUGUUCUACCUUGACUUCUGUGGGUGCCACGUGUUGCUAUGGAUUAUCCAAUGUAUUUGGGAAAAAAAUUGUUAUCCACUAUUUUCCUGUUAAAGUUGCCAUGCUUCAGAGGAAGGUGGAAGAGAACAGAAAUUCUUUGUUCUUUUUUUUGUUGUUCCUGAGACUGUUCCCUAUGACUCCAAAUUGGUUUCUUAAUCUUGCAUCUCCAGUCUUGAAUAUUCCAGUGACUCAGUUCUUCUUGUCUGUUUUCAUAGGUCUCAUUCCAUAUAACUUCAUCUGUGUCCAGACGGGCUCAAUCCUUUCACGGAUCACCUCCCUAGAUGCCAUUUUCUCUUGGAGCAUUUUAUUCAAAAUGUUGGCUAUAGCCAUGGUGGCAUUAAUUCCUGGGACUUUCAUUAAGAAGUACAGUCAGAAGCAUCUCAACUUGGAGAAAAACAAUGAGAGAGUUCAUCUGAUCAACGGAAGAAAGAACAGCUGAAUGGGCUGGGCCCCAAAUACAGUGGAAAUCUAUUUAUGGGGACGGUGCAAUUCUAACUAGUUAUUUUGUUUUUACUGAACUUUGAGACCCCUGUCAGUAGUUGGACAUCAGCUUUCAGUAAUAUGCAGAAAGCAGUGUUUUCUUAAAUGCUGCUUUUAAAAGAUAAUUGAGACUUGCAUGUCUCUUUUUUAAAAGGUGCUUCUGAAUGUUCCUAGAAUGCUAUCAAAUGGAAAGGAAAAUGUUUUUUAAGAUUUUGUGACCAGGAGCCAUUUGAGGCUGUGCAUCUUGGGGAAAUCUAAAUGCUAGGAUGUAUCUGGAGGCAAGUCCCUACAUACAGAGUAUGUGCAAGAGAGUCACAUGAAGCAGCCGAUUGCUAGCAGCGAUGGUGCAUUUAGUGGGACAAGUGUUGGCUGGCUAAAUAACAGUUCUGAGAACUGAAUCAUGUUACCUCUUCCCCCUCCCCUCGUGCCUCUUUGAGAAUUGCCAAGAUUUGACACGAGGGACUACAGGGUCUUUCUUCCUGUGUGCUGGAGCACUAAUAAUAGAGUAUUCACAUACCUCAUCCUCAUAAUAUCAGUACCUUGCUUUGCUAGCAGAUUUCAUGCUUUAUGCUAAGGGAGACUGGAUCUGUCAGGGCAGUAUUAUUGUCUUUACAAAAAAUAGAUCCAGUUAAGGAUUAAUAAAUGCAUGGAAAUCAUUUUAAAGUCAUGCAAAGGGAAACUACUCUUGCAAGCCUCUGCUGUCUUCUGGUGAAAAGGAGCAUCUGUGAGGUGGCUUGGGAAUGCCCUGACUUCAGUCUUGAUGCCUACUUACAUUAUUCUUUUAUCAUUUUCUUGGUGGCAGUAUGCAUCCUAGAAAACCACAUUCUACCAUUUUGCUAGUGGCAAAAUGGAGGUUUUACCACCCUUUGUAACAAAACAUUUUUAUAACAAAACUCUAUGCUUUGCUAGAGUUCCUGUAAAUUUGGCUAAUAGGCAGUGGUUUUAUUGGAAUAAAUUCUCUGCUAACUUUUUAGUGUUAAGCUGUAUAUGUCCCUGUUCAUAGUGAGCUUCUUAGGAUGGCAUUUGCUGACUCCAUGGCUGGAUUCAGAUAACAUGCUGUCGGUUAGUCACCCAGAGAUUCCAAGUUGGAUAUGCAACACUGCAUGGUGGUUGUCUUGUCACAUAAACCUGGUGACUGUGAGUUGUGCAAGUUAAACCAUCCCAAAAUAGGCCACUGCUUAUAUGAGGGUUACACCCUCGUGCAGGAGUUGCAUGUUUAAAAGACCAGCUGCAAAAUACACAUUGUAUACACUACAGCUUUACCAUGCAUUAAAUAACGCAUGGUGUGCUAUUGUAUCAUGUAAACAACCCAAGUAUGUAUGUGUUUUAUGCUAAGUAGAUACUGAAAAAGGACUGCUCUGGCCACUGCACUAUGGCAACUUGGAGCUGUAAGAAACAUCUGUGGUUUGAAUUAAUCUAAAUAGGAAUGAUGUCUUAAUCAAGUGCCUUACCAACUGUGUGCAUGUAUAUGGGAUUUAUAUUCAUACCAGAUAAAUGACAGUGAAAACUGUUGGUACAGAUGUUGUUUGUAUAAAGGGAAUGAAGUCUUUAUUUAACUAUUCUGGAUGAGUGACAACUAAGCUGUGUCUUUAAAGGCUUUCCCCUUUGUACUUUAUACACUACAGAAAAAACCUCCACUCAACUUCCAGUUGUUUAGGAUUCUCAGCAAUAAAGUAUCAUAACUAGAAUCAUAAUGGCACAACUAGGCUGGGUCUAUAAUUCAUAAAUUUGUUUUUGGAAAAGCUCAGUAUUUUUCUGUUGUUACUGGUAACAGAUAAAGGUAAGCUAUUUGUAGCUUUCUUUGUAAAACUGCUUUAAGUACCUAGGAUAUGUUGAUUAAUUUUGCCAAAGGAAAGCAGGUAGGAAACACAACGCAUUAUUGCUGUCUGAUGUAUGUGAGAUAUUGCAGAGUAGCUCCAAGGUAGAAUUAUGGUUUCUGCUAAAACAGGCUAACAAUACAAUCCUGUACCCACUUUUCUAGGAGUAAAUCUCAUGGCGCUUAUUUUUGGGUAGACACAAAGAAUUGUACUUUAAAUUACUCCUUCCCAACAUUUCCAGAUGGAUUUCUGCUACAAGUGAGGCAAACAGUAGUCUGAAGACCAACUAGGAGUAAGAAAGCAUUUUAUGUGGGGACGUGGUAGAAAAAUAUAUGGUGGCUACAUUGUACCUUCCUGGAAGGUGGCAUUUUUCUUCAAGUAUUGUUUAAUUUGAUAAAAAAUGGGUACCAUUUUCCAGUAUAAUGUUCUCUACCAAAGCAAAUGCUUGAUUUCCUGCUUAGUGAAAAUAAAUUGUGGUUCAAAAAUCA